AAUUGAUUACUCACUCGAAGGUCACUUCGAUUCUCGCUCUUCGAAAGUUCAGCCAUGGGAUUCCGUUGUGGCUUCAUUUUCUGUCUCUUGAUUUGUUCGUCUGUGGCUUUUCAAUCCGAUGAGCUUCUCGUAGAUGAUGACGAGUUUGAAGGGACGCAGCAGAUUCAGUAUACUGAUGCCGCUCAGACCCGAUCCACGCCUCCCCCAAGCCGUACGACAUCGACGAGGAGGCGAUUUUCUGAUCCUGAUUUGGAUUCUAAGGUUCAGUUUCAGCUAGAACACUCAUUUGGGGACUCUGAUUUCGCUCCUGCUGGCUUAUUUACUGCACGUCUGAAGACUUCGAGCCAUGGUGGUCAGUCACUUACAAAGCUGCGGUUUUCAAGAAAUGUUUUUACUGAAGAGGAUAGGAAGAAGUUCACGGCCUUGUUGCAAGAAGAUGGUUUCUAUAGUGUAAGAUUGACAACCAAUGUUUUGAAGUCACAGGAACCGGGAGAGAGCUAUGUUUACUCAUCAGUGAAAGCAAGAUGUCUUCCGCGAGGAGAAUUGGAUGAGCAUUUUGUGAUUCACAUGGAUGGUGUUAAUAUUUUGGCUGUUAAUUAUGGCACCCCUGGAGCAUGCCCUUUUCCCCGGCAACUGAGACUUCCUUCAAAAUGGUCUUUUAACUCCCUCACAUUUUUGAAGAGCGGCGAGCAGGCUCCUAGAACGCCUAUAUUUGCUGAUGACAUUCUCGUUGGUGAAACUGGAGAAGGGGAAGGUGUAAAGCCACCAGAAAAGUCAUUUUGGGCUAAAUAUUGGAUGUACCUGAUACCACUAGGACUGAUUGUUAUGAAUGCCAUAACACAAGCAAUGAACAUGGCUGAAGAACAGGUUGGUGGCCAAGCAGCAGGACAAGGACAAGCACAGCCACAGCAGUCAGCUGCUGCAAUACAACGUGGACCAGGCUCGUCUACGGUAAGACGACGAUAGAAACUGUUAGAAAAAUAGACAGGAAAGCAUGCACCAUUCGUUUUCCUUGUAGUUUUCAACAUAAUGAUUGGACUUAGAGAAUUUUUUGGCGAUGAAUUUCUAACUUUAUUAGCAACAGAAACUUUGUCAAAGUGCAGAGUACUGUAAAUCCCAUUUAUUUGUUUGACUGAUGCUCAACUUCCAUUUAAGACUCCCGUUGGAAUUUGUUCAUUGAAGUCUUUAUGUUUUAUU